CUAUCUCGCAUGGCAUUAUGGGGGCACAGGGAUACCGUGUUCCGAGUUGAUUCAAAAUGGCAGACACGUAAAUUUAUGUUCAAAUCUAUCUAACAAUUUUUCCUAGCCAUGAUCGCUGAAUUGAUAAUAUGAUUCAUUUUUUCAAAGUCUAGUGUACUCAAAAUUGCGGUGUUUGAACCAAAUUUGUUUUGUUUGCAAGUUUGUAGUGUGAAGAAGAGUGAAAGUUUAAGAUGUCUGCUGAAGAAUUCAUACAAUCACAUGUGCCAGACAGUGGAAAUGAAAGCGGAAACAAAGACCAACCUAAUCCAACUAAGGAAAUUACAAAAGACUUUAAAGAAACGAAGAAAGAGGAAGACAAAAAUGUGGUUCCAACUAAAGGAUUUGCUGAUCUUGCUUCUCUAUCCAAGAACCAACGAAAGAAACUCUUGAAACGUCAAAAAUAUUUAGAAGAAAAAAAAGAUAGAAAGCUGAAGAAGAAGGAAAAACAAAAAGAAAAGAAACUAAAGAGACAACUUGAAGGUGGAGACACAGAUCCUCAAGGACCAAUAAAGAAGUUCAAAAGCAUGGACAGCGAGGACGCAUUACCCAUAAGGAUAGUUAUUGAUCUAAACUUUGACGAUCUAAUGUCUGAUCGAGAUAUGCUGAAACUGAUGAAACAAGUACAGAGAUGCUAUGCUGUAAACAGGCGUGCAGAUCAUCCUGUCCAGAUGUACCUCACAAGUUUUGAAGGAAAAUCGAGAUCACGGCUGGAUCACAUUGGCUGUCAUUAUGAUCGCUGGGAUGUCAACAUCAAAUCAGAACAUCUGACUAAAGUUUUCCCAAAGGAAGAUAUAAUUUACCUGACAUCGGACUCACCCAAUAUGCUUACUGAACUUGACAUGUCCAAAGUGUAUGUGAUAGGGGGUCUUGUUGACCAUAAUCAUCACAAGGGAUAUUGCUAUGAUCAAGCAGUUAAGCAAGGGUUCCAACACGCCCAGUUACCAAUUGGGGAAUUCAUCAAGAUUGCGACUAGAAAGGUGUUGACCGUAAACCAUGUUUUUGAAAUUCUUGUACGUUAUUGUGAAAGCAAAGAUUGGAAGGAAGCAUUCUUUCAUGUGAUGCCGCAGAGAAAAAUAGUUCCCAAGGUCAGGAGGCGGGGCAAAAGGGCUGAGAGAGAUGGUGCUGCCAACAGCACUGAUGGUGAUAAAAAUGAUGACAAUUGUGAUGAUGUAACAAAAGAUGACAAUGGCGGUGAUGUAACGAAUGAUGACGAUGAUUUCACAAAUGAUGACAAUGGCGAUGAUUUCACAAAUGAUGACAAUGAUGAUUAUUCAGAUGAUGGCAAUGGCGAUGAUGGCUAAUGGAUCCAGGAUUUCUUUAGUCAGAGUACACCAUCAUGAAAACAUUUAGAGAUAUGAAGGCUGGUAAAUUUGUGUGUUAUCCUUGAGGUUUUAUCUCAAGGAUGGUUCUAGGAUGCCAAGAGCAUGCACCAUCCCAUAAUAUAUAACAUAAUAUAUAUAUAUAUAUAUAUAUAUA